AUGUCUUUUUUUUUAAUCUGUUUGGUGGUUUUCCUGGGUGAUUGCUUUGGAUGUCAGCAUCAUCUCUGUCAAUGCUCUGACAGGAUAUUCAUCUGUCAGGAGAGCAAAGUGAUCCAGAUUCCUCGGGACAUUCCCAGGAACUCCACUGAACUACACUGGCUGCUGACAAAAAUAGGCACUGUGCAGAGAAAGUGGUACUCAGGCUAAGGAGACCUUGUUAAAAUAGAGAUCUCCCAGAAUGAUGCCUUGGAAGUCAUAGAAGCUAAUGUGUUUUCCAACCUUCCCAAACUACAUGAAAUAAGAAUUGAGAAAGCAAAUAACCUUGUGUACAUUGACCAAGAUGCCUUCCAGAAUCUUCCUAGCCUCAAAUAUCUGUCAAUAUCAAACACUGGCAUUAAGUUUUUACCUACUGUACAUAAGCUACAAUCUCUCCAGAAAGUUUUAUUAGAUAUUCAAGAUAAUAUAAAUAUACGUACAAUUGAAAGGAAUUCCUUCAUGGGCCUGAGUUCUGAAAGUGUCAUUAUACGGCUGAAUAAAAAUGGAAUUCGGGAAAUUCAGAAUCAUGCAUUUAAUGGAACCUACUUGGAUGAGCUAAAUCUUAGUGAUAAUCACAAUCUAGAAAAAUUACCUAAUGAGGUUUUCCAAGGAGCCAAUGGCCCAGUUGUUCUGGAUAUUUCAAAGACAAGAAUCAGUUUCCUGCCUGCCUCUGGAUUAGAAAAUAUUAAGAAGCUAAGAGCACGAUCUGCCUACAAUUUAAAAAAGCUGCCUGCCUUAGAGAAGUUUGUUGCACUGAUUGAGGCUAACCUCACCUAUCCUAGCCAUUGCUGUGCAUUCACAAAUUGGAAAAGACAAAUUUCUGCGUUGCAUCCAAUAUGUAAUAAAUCUGAUGUCAUGCAAGACGCUGAUGAGCAGCCUGCGGACAGGGUGCACAGAAGAUCUGUAGUUGAGGAUUACUUUCCCAACAGCUACAUGGAUUUUGACUCAUUAGAAAAUGAAUUUGACUUUGACUAUGGCUUAUGUAAUGAAGUAGUACAUGUGGCUUGCUCUCCUAAGCCUGAUGCCUUCAAUCCUUGUGAAGAUAUCAUGGGCUACAAUAUCCUCAGAGUCCUGAUAUGGUUUAUCAACAUUCUAGCUAUCACUGGGAACAUCAUUGUGUUGGUUAUUUUAAUAAGCAGUCAGUAUAAACUCACUGUCCCUCGGUUUCUAAUGUGCAAUCUUGCAUUUGCGGACCUAUGUAUAGGCAUCUACCUGUUGUUGAUUGCAUCUGUAGAUAUACAGACCAAAAGCCAGUAUUACAACUAUGCCAUAGACUGGCAAACUGGUGCGGGAUGCAGUGCUGCAGGGUUUUUCACUGUGUUUGCGAGUGAACUUUCAGUUUACACACUGACUGUGAUCACUCUGGAAAGAUGGCAUACAAUCACCUAUGCCAUGCAACUGGACCGCAAGGUUCGAUUUCGGCACGCCAUGGUUAUUAUGAUUUUUGGUUGGAUGUUUGCCUUCACUGUGGCCCUUCUUCCCAUAUUUGGAGUCAGCAGCUACAUGAAAGUCAGCAUUUGCUUGCCCAUGGAUAUAGAAACACCCCUUUCCCAGGCUUAUAUCAUAUUCCUUUUAGUACUGAAUGUCCUUGCAUUUAUGAUCAUCUGUGCCUGUUACAUCUGCAUCUACUUUACAGUGAGAAACCCUAAUGUUAUUGCUUCAAACAGUGACACCAAAAUUGCCAAGCGCAUGGCUAUACUGAUCUUCACCGAUUUUCUGUGCAUGGCACCAAUAUCUUUUUUUGCAAUAUCGGCAUCACUCAAGCUUCCUCUCAUCACUGUGUCCAAAUCCAAGAUCCUCCUGGUUUUGUUCUACCCUAUCAAUUCAUGUGCCAAUCCCUUCUUGUAUGCAAUUUUCACAAAGACCUUCCGCAGAGAUUUCUUCAUUUUACUGAGCAAGUUUGGUUGCUGCGAAAUGCAAGCCCAAAUUUAUAGAACAGAGACUUCCUCAUCUGUUCAUAAUUCCCAUAUGAGAAAUGGCCAUUGUACUCCAGCUUCUAAAACCAGUGAUGGAACUAUUUAUUCAUUAGUUCCUCUGAAUCACUUGAACUGAAAUAUUUGUGUGGAUUUACGUAUAGGGCAGCAUGGUUAUUUUUAACUGUGAAUUUGU